GAAAAUUUUCCUUUCUCAUUAACUAGGUGGACAUGCAGUGGGUGCAGGUUUUGGCAGAAGGUUGGGCCACCCCACUGAAUGGCUUUAUGCGAGAGAGGGAGUACCUGCAGUGUCUUCAUUUUGAUUGUCUUCUGGAUGGGGGUGUCAUUAACUUGUCAGUGCCUAUAGUUCUGUCAGCGACUCAUGAAGAUAAAGAGAGGCUGGAUGGCUGUACGGCAUUUGCUCUGAUGUAUGAGGGCCGCCGUGUGGCCAUUCUUCGCAAUCCAGAGUUUUUUGAGCACAGGAAGGAGGAGCGUUGUGCCCGACAGUGGGGAACGACAUGCAAGAACCACCCCUACAUCAAGAAGCGAGACUGGAUCUUAGAUUAGUGUGAUGAGCAUAUGGUCUUGUCACUUGGUCCAGAUAAAUAUUUGUUCAGUAACUAUUUAAGCAUCUACUAUACAUGAGGCACCGAGCUAGAUGCUGGUGCUGGACAUGCAAGCACAGGCUGUACGCUCGGGCCUCCUAACUUUUGGUGGUGGAACAGACAUUAAUCAU